AUGGCGCCAAACCUAGAGUGCCGCAUGUACGAAGCAAAAUACCCGCAGGUAGACGCGGCGGUGAUGAUCCAGGUCAACAGCAUCGACGACGAGAAUGGCGCCUACGUCUCCCUUCUCGAGUACAACAACAUGGAGGGCUUUAUUCCCGUGACAGAGCUAAGCAACCGCCGCCUCCGGAGCAUUCACAAACACGUCAAGGUUGGCCGCAUCGAGCCCUCCCUGGUUUUCAAGGUCGACGAAACCAAGGGCUACGUCGACUUGAGCAAGCGGAGGCUCUCCCCGGAGGACAUCCAGGCCUGCGACGACAAGUACAACAAGAGCAAGCUCGUCCACUCCAUCAUGCGCCACGUCGCCGAGACUGUGAAUAUCGACUUGGAGGAGUUGUACGUGAACAUUGCAUGGCCGCUGUACAAGAAGUACGGCCAUGCAGCUGAAGCUUUCAAAAUAAUUGCUACGGAUUCCGAUUUGGUUCUCGACUCCCUCGCCCCCGCCGUGUCGGAGGAGGUGAAGGAGUGUCUGAUUAAGAACAUCAGGAGAAGAAUGCCGGUGCAACCACUGAGAAUCCGAGCAGAUAUUGAUGUGACAUGUUAUCACUUCGACGGCGUUGUUCAUAUUAAGGACGCGCUCCGGAGGGCGGAAGCUGCCGGGAACGAUGAGUGUCCGGUGAAGGUUAAGCUGAUUGCUCCACCGCGCUACGUUGUUACGACGCAGACUCUGGAUAAGAAGCAAGGGAUAUCAAUUUUGAGCGAAGCUAUUAAAGCCUGCAAGGAAGCAAUAGAGAAGAGCAAGGGGAAACUGGUAGUGAAGGAGGUACCGAGAGUGGUGAGUGAGGUGGAGGAUAAGAUGCAUGCAGAUCAGGAGAAGAAUGAGGGGGUUAUGAGUAGUGGUGAUGAAGGUGAGGAAGAAGAAGAAGAAGACACAGGAUUGGGAGACGUGGACGUGGAGAACGCAGGCCAGGGCAUUAUAGUUGAUUGA